GUGAGGUGUUGAUCCUUGCCAACUGAGCUAUCCCCUUGGGGUUAUGCGACAGAAUAUCAGCAACAGAAACAACACAUUCAUACAAUGUGUGGCUGAGAUCAGGUUGUGGAAAUUUGGAAUGAAUGAUGGGCAGAGUAGAAAUAAUAUGAUCAGAAACUGAAUGCACCUGGCUGAUGUUAGCGGCAGCACCAAUAGGAGACUACAUAAGUCAACUGGGAUGGUUUCUUCCUUUGCAGGAAGAACCAAUGUCUCUAUUCCCAUGAUAAUAAGUGAUUUGAUGCAAGAAGUUAAAGCACAACGAGAAGAUUGACGUCAGACAGUACAUUGACAUGAGUUGUCAUUGCUUCGGCUCCUGUGUAGUAGAAAGAAGAAAGAAGGACAAUGCUCAUACUCAUCAAGAUGAAAAUGUGUCUAUGCGAGGGGAUAUUAAACUCUUCUCUUACGACGAAUUGAAAUCUGCAACAAACGGUUUUAAUGCACGCAGUAAGCUUGGUCGAGGAGGGUUUGGAAUAGUUUACAAGGGAAUCCUUGAAGAUGGUACACAAGUUGCUGUGAAGGCACUUUCAGCUGAAUCAAGACAAGGGGCGAAUGAAUUUUUGACUGAGAUUCAAACUGUCAAAAAUAUUAGGCAUCCUAACCUAGUUGAGUUACUUGGCUGCUGCAUUCAAGGGAAUAAUCGGAUUUUAGUCUACGAAUAUGUCGAAAAUAAUAGCCUUGAUUGUGCAUUAUUAGGGCCUAAAAGUAAAACCAUUAAGUUGGACUGGAGUAGAAGAUCUGUCAUUUGUAUUGGUACUGCCAGAGGUCUGGCUUUCCUCCACGAAGAGCUGGAGCCACAUAUUGUACAUAGAGACAUCAAAGCUAGUAAUAUACUUCUUGACAAGGACUUUGCCCCUAAAAUUGGAGACUUUGGGUUGGCUAAACUCUUCCCAGAAAAUAUUACUCAUAUUAGCACACGAAUAGCAGGAACAAAUGGUUAUUUGGCACCAGAGUAUGCGAUGCGUGGUCGGUUAACGAAGAAGGCUGAUGUAUAUAGCUUUGGGGUCCUCAUGCUUGAAAUAAUAAGUGGUAGAAGCAGUACAAAGGUGACCUGGGGAGGGACACACAAGCUUCUUCUUGAAUGGACCUGGCAACUCUAUGAAGAAGGAAAAUUAUUAGAGCUGGUUGAUCCAGAGCUAGGAGAAUACUCAGGGGAAGAGGUCCUUAGGUACAUUAAGGUAGCCCUCUUUUGCACCCAAGCAGCAGCUGGCAGAAGGCCUACAAUGACACAAGUUGUUGACAUGCUCUCUAGACACAUCCGACUCAACGAAAAGGAACUGACCCCCCCAGGUUUAUUUCAAGAAUCAGGAGGCCUCAGUGGAACCCUGCCUUCAUCGAGUAAAGCAUCAAUUGAUUCUACCACUCAACUGCAAAGCUCUGUUUUCACCAUCACUGAGGUGACUCCAAGAUGAUCGAAUUAUCUAGGUGC